UGCAAACCAGAGACAGGGAGAAAGAGUGUGAGUGAAAAGCGAGAGAGAGAGAGAGAGAGAGAGAGAGAGACGGUAUGCAGGAAACGGAGUAGGCUAUACCAGCGCAUUUUUCUCUGUAAACAUCUCCCGGAGAUAGGCUAUAUUAGUGUGAAGUCUUGUUUUGAAGUGUGGUGGUGUGAUACUGUACAUUGUGACGUGGAUGUAUAUUUUUUUUACAUUUUUGGCGAGUUUACCGUUUUGGGUGACGACUGCUGAAAAAGUGGAUGAUGUAAAUUAGAUUUUUCUAUAAGUUAAAGGUCUUGUUGAUGGUUUCAUGAAAACGGGAUCAGAGGGAGCCGCGGAAAAGUACUGACUCGCGGACAUCGAGUUCCCCAGACGGGAGUCAGUAUGCUGUCAGACGGAGCUGCGGGUAGAGAGGGUCUGGGAAGCGAUUUCUUAACGCACUAUGUUUUGGGAAUGGCGCUGGAUCUUUUUGUACCACGCGCAUGAAGAAAGGUGCAAUUGUUCAAUGUGCUUUAAGAAUUUAGCUGUAUCUCGGAUAAGGAUAAAAUCAUGUUUGAUAAGGUCCCUGGACCCAAAUGUCACAUCUUCCGGGAGCAGCUUGGGCUGGUGCCCAUCAGCACUUGACAGCAGGCUGGGAUGUGGCCAGUGUGACUCCAUGCUCCAGCGCACCCUCAGUCACACCCUGCUUGGGCCCUGCACUGAACGAAAGGAGUUCUGGAAUGAUUUGAUAUUUCAGCACCGAUGGCUUAAGUGAGAGAAGCCUGCACUUUAAUGAGACCACCUCUCCAGACAAAGACUAGAAAUUGUCAAGGAUUACACAGUAGUAUUUUACAGGACUUAUUUUUUCCUGGAUUUAUUUUUUAUUCCCUCAGAUUUUGUCAUUUCGUUCUCCUCCCUUUUUUUCAUUAUGGAGUUUCAAGCUGGAUUUUGGAAUAACGAUUGGACUUCAUUUCUUCGCUUUUGGUUGACUGUGUUAUUAAGCUUGCACGUGCAGUUCAGUCCUAUCUCAUCCUGUCCCGAAGAGUGCCGUUGUGAUAAAACAUUUGUUUACUGUAAUGAGAGGAGCCUGACGUCUGUGCCUCUUGGGGUACAAGAGGGAUAUAAGACCCUCUUCCUACACAACAAUCAGAUCAACAAUGCCGGUUUUCCAUUGGAGUUACACAAUGUUGGCUCUGUGGUGACUGUUUACCUAUAUGGAAACCAGCUGGAUGAAUUUCCCCUCAACCUUCCCAAGAAUGUUCAAGUGCUUCACCUGCAGGAAAACAACAUUCAGACUAUCUCCAGGGCAGCACUUGCUCAGUUAGCCAUGCUAGAUGAACUCCACCUGGAUGACAACUCCAUCUCCACUGUAGGGGUAGAGGAGGGGGCUUUCAGGGAAGCUGUCAGCCUCAAGCUACUUUUCCUCACUAAAAACCAUCUGAGCAGCAUUCCUGUUGGAUUACCGGCAGAUCUUAAAGAGCUGCGAUUGGAUGAAAAUCGCAUUGCUUACAUCGAUGAGGAUGCAUUUCAAAAUGUGACCACUCUACAGCGACUGUUGCUGGAUGGGAAUAUGUUAGAGGAUGAGGCUAUUGCUCCUGGGACCUUCCAGGGUCUGCUAAACCUCAAAGAGCUGUCCCUAGCACGCAAUUCACUCACCACUCCGCCAUCAUUGCUCCCUGGUGCGUCUCUGACCAAACUCAAUUUGCAGGAAAAUCAAAUUGACAAUAUUGAUGUGAAAGCCUUCUCCGGCCUUAAUAAACUGGAGAGGUUAGAUAUCUCCAACAAUCGUCUUCAGUUUCUUCCACCAGGUGUCUUUGAUGGCUUAAGAAACCUGAGGCACCUCAAUGUGAGAAACAAUCUCUGGCGCUGUGAUUGCAACAUUAAGUGGGUCAUUGCUUGGCUGAGGUCUCUGCCGUCUGCAAUAAAUGUCCGUGGGUUCAUAUGCCACAGUCCGGAGAGGGUGCGUGGAAUGGUGAUUCGAGAACUUACCUUAGAUGCGAUUGACUGCCCAGCGGGCACAGUGUUGCAUCCUUGGCCCACCCAUUUAUAUCCAUCUACAUUGCCACCACGCAAGACCAAAAUUAUCACCACCUCUAGAACUGCCCACUUCACUACCAUUUCAUCCACUGCUUUUUACCCCUCCUCAGCCAAUCCCACACCCCCAGUGCCACAUUUACCUCCCGGGCCCCUACCUCCUUAUGAAGACCCCUUAAAAAUGUCCUUCAAUGUUGUCAACUCUACCCAUAUUGAUGUGAGCUGGGAAUCUUACUUUACUGUGACAGCCUACAAAGUGACAUGGGUGAAGAUGGCGCAGACUUUAAUGAGUGAUAUCACUCGUGAAACAACCGUCCCGGGAUAUCAGAGGCGGCUCAGUCUGACAAACCUGGAGCCUCAAUCUUUGUAUCGCAUUUGUGUGUAUGUCCUGGAUACUCUUAACACUUACAGACCAGGGGAGGAUACGAUCUGUUCUGAGGCUAAGACAAAAUCCACAUCUGCAUAUUCUGAAACAGAGCAGGCUGCACAGCAAGACAACACCUCAACGCUCCUAUUGGCCGGAGUGAUAGGUGGGGCCGUGUUGGUGGUCUUAGUGACACUUCUGAGUUUGUUCUGCUGGAACAUGCACAAAAAAAGCAGGUUAUCGUCGUCAUCCAAAUGGAAAUAUAAUCAUGGCAGGAGAAAAGACGACUACUGUGAGGCCGGCACUAAAAAGGAUAACUCCAUCCUGGAAAUGACUGAAACGAGCUUUCAGAUAGUGUCUUUAAAUAACGAGCAGCUUUUAAAGGGGGACUUCAGAAUUCAGCCCAUCUACACACCUAAUGGAGGAAUUGGCCUUAGAGACUGUCACAUUAGUAACAAUAGCAUUGCUUACUGUAAGAGCAGCAAUGUUCCCAGUGUAGACUUCUGCCACACAUGAUGCUUUUAUACGUAUGCAGUCAAUAUACUGUACUGUACAAUACACACACACAUAUAUAUAUAUAUAUAUAAAUAUAUUUCCAGGUGCAGUCAACAUGGUAAUUUAUAUUAUGGAAAAAUAUGUGGAAUUCUGUUAUAUUUUUUAUUCUUCGUAAAUAUGAAAUGGUUUUAUAAUACGGAGGCUCAGACGGUUUGGCUUAAGGAUGCCAUAGUUGUUUUGUAUAAUCUGAGCUUGUCAGCUACCUGCUGCAGACACAGUCCACAAAUUCGCCUCUUGACCACUUUUUGAUCAUGAAAAACCAAAACAUGCCCAUUUUUCACACAACAGUAGUAUAGAUAAUACAGUGGACAGGAAACCUAAACACUGCUGAUUAAGCUGCAGCUAAAAAAUGAGCUGAGAUUCUCGUCGUCUUAUUUCCAAUUGAAGUGCACUUUCUUAAUGGAACAGAGAGCGUAAGCAGUCAUUCAGGAAAUGAGCUUUUGUAAAAAUCACAUUGCAGAGGAAAAAGACCACUGAUUAACAUCUUGGAGUUCGCAAAGGAGGCCAACAGUACAUGUGGUAGGGAAAUAACUAAAAGGAAUUAUGUGCAAGCAUUUUCCAAAUCAUGUUUCAUUUGUCCACCAGGGGGAAGCAUGUUUCAGUGCAUACAGAGGAGAGCAACUUAUUAGACAGAAAACACUGUCUAGCCUUUUCUCUUUGGUUGGAGACUUGUUGUCUUAUAACUCUUUGGUAAUAGGGAUAUUCAAAGUAAUAUUCAAAUGGACCUCUUUAGACAUACUGUGUUUUUUGUAAUGAUGAAACAUAAAGCAGACAACAAAAAUGACAACUUACCGUCUUUAUCAUUUGUUUCUGUGAAUUAUACAUUUUGUGCAUUUGGCAGGCUUUGUAUCUGAAACAACGUAAAGUAUUUGUGUUCCCGGGGAACUGAACCAACAAUUUUGACGUUGCCAUACCUACAUGUGUGAUGUGAGCUUGUUACAUAAAGCCCACUUUGAAUCCCUUUGCUUUCAAAUGAAUCUUAUUAUGAGCGUUUAACAGCAACAUAAUGGACAUCAAUUAUCUAGCCUUCCCUUUAUUGAUCAAGACCCAUUUUUAAUCAUGUAUCACAUCAGGUGGGACGAUGGAUAGACAUUAAACAAAAACCUUUUUCAGAGAGAAAAAAAACAGAACUCUUUGUAAGAGUUUCAAAUCUCUGCGUGAGUGCAAUUAGGACUGUUUUUUUAUCGGCCCACCGGUUAUCCAGGACAGAGAGCCAAGUUUGGAAUGCAGGCUUGCUGUGGAGUAUUUAUCAUGUGCUCUUAUUCAUAGACUUCUUGCUUUGAUUUUGUGGACAGAGUACAGAAUCCCUGCUGCAUAAUCCCUGGUCCAAAAAAAAGAGAAGAAUGCAAGGGUUAUUUUCGCUUGGCAGAACUAUUCAUGGUUGGGGAGGAGUUUAUAGCUUUGAUGAGUUUUAAUCAACAUGAUCUCAUGGAAAGUCGUGUUAUAGUCACGAAAAAUGUAAUUAAUUUAUUUGUGACCAUGGCACAAAAUUCUGCUUUUUCGUGCUUUGAGCAUGAAUGUCUUUUUUUGUGUCACUCAGCACGAAUUUCUAUAAAUAGUUUUUCGUGGCACAACUUUCUUUUCGUGUCAUUUUAUGUAUUGUUUAUUAUUUAUAAAUCAUUGUCAGAUUUGGGGUAUGGUUUAGGAUGUACUUUUAUGUAUUGGUUUCUACAUGUUAUUCUUCCGCUUUUAAAACUAUUCUCAUCUGAAGUUGGGGUUUGGGUUUUAUGUCUAAAAAUGUAACAGAAAGUGAUUCUAACCCCAACCGAUAAUGGUAAAAAAAUAGGAAAAAACUAUGAGAAAACAAUACAUGAAAUUCCACGAAAAAGAAAGUCAUGCCAUGGACACGAAAAACUAUUUAUAGAAAUUUGUGCAAGAGACACGAAGAAAGCUGAAUUUUGUGCCAUGGACACGAAUAAAUGAAUAAAAUUUUCCGUGACUAUAACACGACUUUCCGUGAGACCAGUCUGGUUUUAAUUGAUGGAGUUAACCCUUCAUCGCCCUCUAGUGUGCCACCAAGUUCAGAUUACAUCGCUGGAUACCUGUUUACAUCUAAAUUUCUUUUGGCAUUACCCUAACAAACAAUGCUUGAUAUCUGUAACUAAUAUGUCUGCAUUUACAUAGUAUUUCAGUAUGCUUGCAGUUUGCAUAGACUAUAAACAUACAUGCUUUCUCAGUAGCACAUGCAAAAUUAUCUCUGAAAGAAAAAAGGGCUACUGCACUUCUGUGGUCAGGAAAGUUUUCAGCAUCCAGUAAGCCAACCACUGCGUCUCCGAUUCCCUUGAAAUCUGGGAACAUUCUUAUCUAAAAGGCCUUUUAAAUGAUGUGUACUUCAUUAACUAUUUAAUUCAAAUAAUCUGGCCAACGAUAAUGCCACCGCACAGUCUGAAGUCCAGUGUGGCUGUUAGGCUUGGGUUCCCUGUGGUAGAAGAGACUCAAAUAAGUAGCUGUGAAUUAAAACCGAUUGAAAGAGAAAUCUGCACCAAGCGUCCCUCUUUAUAAUUUCCAGUGGGAUGUAUUUGUACCACUGAGCCAGUUUAGAGUGGGUUUUGGUGGGUCAUUAAUAAAACCAGAAAUGUUUUACUAAAAUGUAAUCAUUUUAUCUCUUCCCAUGGGGCCUGUUCGCACCAAGGACAAUAACUGUAGCUGUACAUUUUUAAAUAUUUUAAUUUACAACAAUUAACAAUAUUAUAGAGAAACAAUAUUAUUGGUAUCAGUUACAGAGCGAUUCCACCUGAUGAAUGUUUAAACAUUGACUGCCAAUCAGAAUGCAUUUGAGUUUAAAGGGCUCGUGCAUUUUUCAUGGGCAGCAACGUAACCGUUGGUGUGUAUGCUAAUAUAGUUAUCCUAGUUACUGUUCUUGGUGUUAACCGUCCUUUACUUUUACCUAGCAGUACUGUAUGACUUAUUGUGGGUAAUUUAAAGGACUUGACAUCAUUUAAACAGAGGUCUCAGACAGAUUUUCAAGCAACAAUUGAACAGAAAGCACAUUUGCCUGAAAGACAUCAAUAGAUGUCAUUUCUAACAAGUCAAGGUUUGUCCUCCAGACAAGAAUGGCACGUUGUGAUUCAUUGUGACUAACUGCACAGCUCGUGUGGCAUACAUUGUUCUUUAUUUUCUAUGGAUGAGCUGAAACCACAGUAGUGGUGAGAUGAAUGUAUUACACAAAAGAGAUUGUGAGCAGUGGUUCCUGCCCUUACUCAUACUCAAUAGUCAGUCCAUCUCUUGAAAGAAGCACAUUGAUUUAGCUUGGGAUAAUUAGUCUGAAUGACCAUGAGGUUGGUGGAACAAAGCACUACAACAAAUUUGGCUGAAUAUGUCUUAGAUCUGUGUGUGUCCCAUUCAUAGUUUUUGUAAGAAUAUAUUUUUUUUCAUUAUGUUUUUCAUUACUUUUGGUUUUUCAUUACUUUUGAUAGAUACAUCUGUAAUUGGACCUUAUUAAAAACAGGCCUAAGAAAAUUGGUUGACAGUGGUGUGACAGUAUCAAAGUUUAGCUGAUUUUAACAAAUGUGGCCCUGCUGGGAAAAGAAAACCCUUCUAAAAUCUAUGUUUUUUUGUGUGUGAUUUACUGUUUUCUACAUAAAAUCAUCCUACAACAUGUAAUGAACAUUCUGAAAUAUAAUCUUGAUGCACUCUUAACAAAAAUGCUGGGUUAUUUCCAGCGUUGGGUCAGAAAGAGAUGAGCCCAGCAGCCGGGUUGAAAUUAACCCAGAAAAUGUUUAUAUUUGACCCAACAAUGGGUUAAAACCAUCAAGCAUUUUUUUAGAGUGUAUCAUCUUAAAUAUUGACUCAGAAAAUUAUCAAAAAUUGAAAUUAAUGGUUAAAAUAAAACUUUGAUAUUCGUAAUCUCAUAGUUAGAUUAUGAGACUUUAGUCUGGAACAGAUGAGUGGUGAGGUGAGUGACGGUUCAUUGUGAUAGUAACCUGAAAGCCAUGUUAUGUUGAAUAACUGAGCCAGAAAAAAACAUGUUUUUUAGUAUUCUACAUCUGUUGUUUUUUUGUUAAGUUUUUUAAAAAAAGGGUCAGAUUUAAAACAAAACAGUCUCAUGUUAAAAGGUAUUGUGGGUAAGAUGGGUUUUGAAAUUAGAAUUCAUUGGGAACCAAAGUAACUUUUAAUUAUUAUGUACAUUUCUUUUAUUUUCUUUUGUUUGUUUCCACUACUAUACUGUUGCUGUUGUCUCAUGUAUGUGCCUUGAAAUAAACUUACAAUGUAAAGUCCUUGAAACCUUUAAAUGUUUUUGCACAAGUUGUAAAUAGAGAAACUGAGCUUUUUUAAAUAAACAAGCCAUCUGAAAUAA